UGUCAGGCCGCAAUGAGAAAACUGGGUCGCGAAACGUCCUCCCAGGCAGUGGUAAAUGCGGCACCGCCGUCAGGCGCCCUGGAGACCCUGCGGAUGAACGUCCCACCGAUUAUUUACCUUCUCGUCACAUUCUUGUUUGCUCUCGCCGUGGGCAAAUUUAUGCUCUAG